CGGGAACUGGGCCGUCGGUCCCUUUGUGUCCUCCGGAGGCCUAGGCUGCUGAGGCGCUUCUUUCCGGGCCGGCAGUAUUUGGGUUCCCCGUAACUCUUAGACGGGGCGUAAGGCCCUAGUGGAGAUUUCCGGAGAUUUCCAAGCGGAAACGGCUCUUUCCGCAGUUCAGUUCUGCAGGUCUCCUUUAUGCUCUCUUUAUUGGAGGAAAGUUGACAGCAGGAGGGAAGAGAAGCCCAAAGAGCCCAGACUGGUGAUUCUGGAUGCUGCAACACAAGCCGCGCUGCUUGUAUUUUCUUCCCCGUCUCAGUCAUCUGAGGACACUGCCAUUUCUCAAGAGAAGAGCCAUUAGGAAGAAAGAAUGGCUGUGGGGCUGCUUAAAGCCAUGUACCAGGAGUUGGUGACCUUUGGAGAUGUGGCUGUAGACUUUUCCCAAGAGGAGUGGGACUGUCUAGAUUCUUCUCAAAGGCACCUAUACAGUAAUGUGAUGCUGGAGAACUACAGCGUCUUGGUAUCUCUGGGACUUUGCUUUUCUAAGCCAAGUGUGAUAUUAUUGUUGGAACAAGGAAAAGAGCCCUGGAUGGUGAAGAGAGAGCUGACGAAAGGCUUGUGCUCAGGCUGGGAGUCUAUGUGUGAGAUUGAAGAAUUAAUCCCAAAGCAGGGUCUUUCUGAUGAACAAUCAUCCAGGAAGAUAACGGAUAAACUUCCAAGUUAUGGCUUUGAGUACUCCAGUUUGAGAGAAGAAUUGAAAUGUAAGGACCACUUUGAGAGGCAAUCAGGAAACCAGAAGGCAGGUUUAAAGGAAGAGACAAUCACUUAUGAAGAAGGUCUUGUUGAUGCAAGACAACAGGAAUAUAAAAAAUCUUGGGAAAGUUUCCCUCAAAACACACUGCUUCGUACACAACAAAUAAUCCCCAAAGAGGAGAAAGUACGUAAAUAUAACACGCAUAAGAAAAGCUUUAAAAAGACUGUGAUGACCAUUAAGCCCAAGACUGUCUAUGCCGAGAAGAAACUUUUGAAGUGUAAUGACUGUGAAAAAGUCUUCAGCCAGAGCUCAUCCCUUACUCUUCAUCAAAGAAUUCAUACUGGAGAAAAGCCCUAUAAAUGUGUAGAAUGUGGGAAAGCCUUCAGUCAGAGAUCAAACCUUGUUCAGCAUCACAGGAUUCAUACUGGAGAAAAACCCUACGAAUGUAAGGAAUGUCGGAAAGCCUUCAGUCAGAACGCACAUCUGGUUCAACAUCUGAGAGUUCACACGGGAGAAAAACCCUAUGAAUGUAAGGUAUGUAGGAAAGCUUUUAGCCAGUUUGCCUACCUAGCUCAACAUCAGAGAGUUCACACUGGAGAGAAACCCUAUGAGUGUAUUGAAUGUGGGAAAGCCUUUAGCAAUAGAUCAUCCAUUGCUCAACACCAGAGAGUUCAUACUGGCGAGAAGCCUUAUGAAUGUAAUGUCUGUGGGAAAGCAUUUAGCCUUCGUGCAUACCUUACUGUCCAUCAGAGAAUACAUACCGGAGAGAGACCCUAUGAAUGUAAGGAAUGUGGGAAAGCCUUCAGCCAGAAUUCACACCUUGCUCAACAUCAAAGAAUUCAUACUGGAGAAAAACCUUAUAAAUGUCAAGAGUGUAGGAAGGCCUUCAGCCAGAUUGCCUAUCUUGCUCAACAUCAAAGAGUUCAUACUGGAGAGAAACCCUAUGAAUGUAUAAAAUGUGGGAAGGCUUUUAGCAAUGACUCAUCCCUUACUCAACAUCAGAGAGUUCAUACUGGAGAGAAACCUUAUGAAUGUAAUGUUUGUGGAAAGGCGUUUAGCUACUGUGGAUCCCUUGCCCAACAUCAGAGAAUUCAUACUGGAGAGAGACCUUAUGAAUGUAAGGAGUGCAAGAAAACCUUCAGGCAGCAUGCACACCUCGCUCAUCAUCAGAGAAUUCAUACUGGGGAGUCACUCCCACCACCCAAUCCAGCAAAUCACCAAGUUCUAUAAAUCUAUCCCCUAAAUAUUUUUGGAAUUUAUACUCUUUAAUGUUGUCACCCUGGCCUGAGAUUCCUCUCGCCUAGAUUACUUUAGAGCUUUCUAAAAAGUCUCCGUGUGUCCAUUUUUGCUAUCCUUAAAUCUGUUUCCUACAGCACACCCAAACUGACCUUUAAAAAUGCAAGAAUAUACAUGUCACUCUUCUGAGUUAGAACUUUUUUUUUUUGGCUUGCUGUUGUCAGACUGAUAUCUACAGCCUUUAAAAUUGUCUAUGAGGCUCUCUAUUAUCUAGGUUUACAUACCAUUCAGCCUUAUUUUAUUCCAGACUCAUUCUCUGGGCACUAGGGGCUUCCAGGAAUAAGAGCUUACAUUCUGGAAAAACACAGUUCUACCACUACAUGACAUUGUGUGACUUUGACCUGCUAGACUUACAUAAACCUCAGGGUUUUAAUUCUUAACAUGGGAAUAAUAAAUGAAAUAUUGUAGAAAUGUAUUAAGUGAAAUAGUGUCUGUUGCAAAUUGAUACAUGUUAAAUGAGAAAUUUGCAUGUAAAGUACUUCAUGUAGUCUGUCAGAAAUAGUAAAUAUUCAAUAAAUAAUAAUAGCAAACAUACACUGAGUGCAUAUUAUGAACCAGGCAAUGUUCUGCAUACCCAGUACAUAUUAACUCAUUUAUUCCUCACAACUAAAACAAAAUUCCUUUAUGAAUAAAACAUAAUCCAUGGGAAGCACCAGAUCAGAAUUGGAAAAACCUAAAAAUUUCAGAAUGUAAGUGGAAAUCUUUGCACUCCAGGUGAAUAGUUGCAGAAAUAUAAAGUUGUAAAAAUAUAAAGCUUAUAACCACUUUUAGGAAGUUUCCAAAGAGAAUGAGUGGAUAAACUAAGUUUAAAUAAAAAUAAGGGGUGGGUAAUGUGGCACAGUGAGUUAAGCUACUGCUUAGGAAGCCCACAUCCUGUUUUGAAUUGCUGGUUCAAGUACUCAAUCCACUUCUGGUCAAGCUCCCUGCUUAUGCACCUGAGAAGCAGAAGAUGAUGACUCAAGUACUUGAAUCCCUGCCACCCACAUGGGAGACCCAGAUGUAGUUUAGGCUCCUGACUUAGGCCUGGUCUAGCCCCAGAUGUUGUGGUAUGGCCAUUUGCAGGAUGAACCAGCAGAUGGAAGAUCUCUCUCUCCCUCUUUCUCUCAUUUUGCCUUACAAAUAAAUAAAUAAAUAUUUUUUAAGAAGAAAGAAAAUUGUGUUCAUUGGAAGGAAUGCAGAACUUAGAUUUAGAUCAAAGAAUAGCAAUGAUCACAAGACUAAAGGAAACAAAGAGAAAUUCAUUCAGUCCCAUUAAAAGGUGCCAGACCUGAGUAAUUGUAAAGGCAAGUCUGGGUAAUUUUUUUUUUUUUUUUUGACAGGCAGAGUGGACAGUGAGAGAGAGAGACAGAGAGAAAGGUCUUCCUUUGCCGUUGGUUCACCCUCCAAUGGCCGGCGCACCGCACUGAUCCAAUGGCAGGAGCCAGGAGCCAGGUGCUUUUCCUGGUCUCCCAUGCGGGUGCAGGGCCCAAGCACCUGGGCCAUCCUCCACUGCACUCCCUGGCCACAGCAGAGAGCUGGCCUGGAAGAGGGGCAACCAGGACAGAAUCCGGCGCCCCGACCGGGACUAGAACCCGGUGUGAUGGUGCCGCUAGGCGGAGGAUUAGCCUAGUGAGCCGCGGCGCCGGCCGAGUCUGGGUAAUUUUGAAAUCAUAUAAAUUCUCCCAUAGCAUAGAAAAAAUAUACAAUUUCGAAGUUAUUUAUUCAGUGGUUGCAAAUUUAAAAUCCAAGGAGGUUGAGGGAGGAAAAUACACAUACAUUUUUACCCUGUAAAGAUUUAUUUAAAUUCAAAGUGUUAUAUGAUGUGGCCUCUGCAUUACGAAAUAAAGCCCUGGAUAUCCUCGUUUUUCACUGUGAAAAAGAAAGAAAGAAAGAAAGAGAAAGAAAGAGAAAGAAAGAAAGAAAGAAAGAAAGAAAGAAAGAAAGAAAGAAAGAAAGAAAGAAAGAAAGAGAGAGAGAGA